AUGGGAGCCUGCUGUAGUACUCCCGCGGCUGACAACCAGCAGGUUGGAGCUCACGAAAAGUACAACAACAGCAUCGCCAAGCCUCCUAUUCAUAAACGUCCAUCAAUUAUUCAACCUCCCGUUGUAUCAGUGGCCGACAUCAAUCAAAACAUCAGCACCACCACAAAUGUGGGCGAAGGAAAUGAUGCAUACCGCAGCAAGCCCAGGCUGAAGAAUGAUAUUCGUCUAAAGAACUUGGCAAACAUGCUGAAAGAUGAUACCUUCAUGAGAGGUUACAAUACGGAUGAAAAACGAUUGUGGAUGUGCGCUGCUCUUGGCGAUCUAUCGACAGUAAAAGAGCUCGUUGAAAACGGAGCUGGUGUUAAUGAUGAAGAGGCUGAAGGUGAUAUGAUUGGUGUCACACCGCUGUAUGCUGCAGCGUGCAAGAAUCACUUGGAUGUUGUUGAGUAUCUUAUAGAACACGGUGCAAUUGCCAAUUUCCGGAUUUUUGAUAGUCCAUUGUUGUGUCAAUAUAUUGAAGAAAAGAAGUUGGAUUUGGUGAAGCUUCUUAUUGCUAAGGGUGCUGACGUCGAUUUUGACGAUACAAGUAAACAAACACCACUAUAUUUGGCUGCUAGAGAUGGUCUUGUUGAAAUUGUCGAACUUUUAUGUCAGCGUGCAGACGUAAACCGUUUCGAAGACAGCGAGAAAACUCCCGUUUGGAUUGCAUCUCGUAAUGGCCACAAGGAAGUUGUAGAGAUACUCUUAGAAAAGGGUGCCGAUUUCCGAAAGCGACCUGCUAGUGGAAAUGUAGGAACUCCUGUAAUGGUUGCUGCAGAAGUUGGGCAUUUGGACGUUGUCAAGCUCUUGAUUGCGAAGGGAGCUGCUGUAAAUAGCAAGAUAUCCGGUGGUACAUUACCGCUAUUGUACAAGUACUCAGAAGAAGGCAAUUUGGAAAUGGUAGAGUUUUUGUUGGAUAAGAAAGCUGAUGUGCAUGCCACUGCUACAGAAAGUCCACAUACUCCUGUGUGCAUAGCAGCACAAAGUGGACAUGAGGACAUUGUGAAAGCGUUGAUCUCCAAGGGUGCCAAUCCAAAUACCGUCGUCAACGAUACACCAUUAUUAUGCAAAUAUGCUGAGGAAGGUAAUCUAGAGAUGGUGAAACUCCUGGUAGAAAACAAAGCAUCUCUCGAUGAAACCAUUACUGGUGGAGCUGGAGUGCUCGAAUGUGCUUAUUCCAGUGGGAAAUCAGAAGUUGUGAGGUUGCUUAUUGACUAUGGAGCUGACGUGGACACUACACAUGACGGUUACCCAUUACUUUGCAAGUAUGCUGAGGACGGAAAGGAGAACGACGUCAAAAUGGUGAAAUACCUUUUAGAUCACCCAACGAAUAAACCCGACAUCAAUGCCACAAACAUGGAUGGCCAAAGUGCAUUGUAUUACUUUGCCAAAGCUGGUAAUCUGGACAUGGUGAAAUAUCUCGUAGAACAGCAUGGUGCAAAAGUGGAUAUUGGAGAUACGACGCCAUUGCGUGUCGCUGCCGUUCAUGACCGUUUGGACGUUGUCACAUAUCUCGUAGAGCAUGGUGCUAACACGGACGUAUCCAGCCUUCUCUUUAAAUACGUUGAAAGUGGAGAUAUGGAAACCGUGAAGCUUCUUCUCACAAAAGGUGCUGAUGUAAAUAUUGUCGGCCUAAACUCAGUAACGCCACUGCAUGUUGCGUCUUUGAGUAAUGAUGAUCUCAAUAUGGUCAAAUACCUUGUUGAAGAGACUGAACCUAAAGCUAACGUUGAUGCUGUCGAUGAUCACGGACGAACUCCACUUUGGGUAGCAUCGUAUAAUGGAAAUUUGAAAGUCGUUAACUAUUUGGUGGAGAGGGUUGAGAAUGUCAAUCAAGCCGCCACAGAUCUUGUAGAUGAGGGCAAGACUCCUUUGUUUGUCGCUGCAGAGAAUGGUCAUAUAGAAGUGGCCAAAUUGUUAAUGGAGAAGGGCGGCGAUGACAAACUGACGCCAACCUCGGGCGUUACUCUUCUGGGCGUUGCAGCUCAGAAUAAUCAUUCAAAAGUUGUCGAGCAUCUUGUCGAGAACGGUGCUGAUGUUAAUACUAAUAUUGAUGGAUCACCACUUCUCUGCAAAUAUGCCUCAGAAAAGAAUUCCGUAAUGAAAGCUGAUCCUGAUGCUGCGGAUGCAGACGGCAGAACCGCACUUUAUUACUUUGCUGAAGCCGGCGACUUGACUAUGGUUAAAUAUCUGAUAGAACAAGGAGCAAAAGUAACUGUUCCCGCAAAACAACGAGAUGAUACACCACUUGGUGUUGCUGCGAGCAGCGGCCAUUGGGAAGUGGUGGAGUACCUUGUUAGCCAGAAGGCUGAUCCAAAUGUCAAAGUUGAUGGGAUACCGUUACUUUCCGUGUAUCUUGACGAGAGAAAAUUGGCCUUGGUGAAACUACUUAUAGAGCAUGAUGCUGAUACCAAUGCUACGGACUCUAAUGGCAAGACUUCACUUUAUUGGGCAGCCGAGCAGGGCUUAUGCGACAUGGUCAGACUUUUGAUUGACCAUGGAGCAAGGCCAAAUCUAUCAAAUGACAACGGAGAGACGCCAAUGUGGAUUGCAUCUCAGAAUGGGCACUUGGAUGUCAUCGAAUACCUUUUCGAUCAGUCGGCUGAUAUCAAUCUAGCCCCAAAUGGAGACAAGACGGAACAUACUCCUUUAGUGGUUGCGGUACACAAUGGGCAUUCUGACGUUGUGAAAUUCUUAGUGGAUCAUGGGGCUGAUGUGAGUACCAAGAUUGAUUCUGCUCCAUUGCUGUGCUAUUAUACUGAGAAGCACAAUCUGGAGUUGGUGAAGGCUCUCAUACAAAAUAACGCGAAAGUCGAUGCUGUAAACAAACAUGGGAGCACGGCUCUCUAUAUUGCAUCAGAGAAGGGGUUUCUCGAAAUAGUCACGCUUUUGGUCGAUCAUCAAGCUGAUAUGCACCAUUGCCCCACGAACGGAAAGACACCAGUGUGGAUUGCAUCUCAUAAUGGUCAUUUGGAAGUUGUGCAGUACCUUUAUUCGAAGGGGGCUAGCACCAACCAAGCUGAAACAAGCGAGAAUAUGGGAGACACAGCAAUGAUUGCUGCUGCACAGCAAGGCCAAUUGAAUGUCGUAAAGUUCUGGAUUGAAAAUAACGCUGAUGCAAAUACGAAGGUUGAUUCUGUGCCAAUGCUAUCCAUCUACAGUGCGUUGGGUGAUUUGGAAUUGGUGAAGGCUCUUUUAACUCAUGGAGCUCAAGUAAAUGCUCAAGAUGAGCGUGGCACUACUGCACUAUAUUUGGCGUCCGAAAACGGUCAUUCAGAAGUUGUUAAUGUUUUGUGUGAGCAUGGAGCUGAGGUCGACCAUUCAACCGUUGAUGGAAAGACUGCACUUUGGACUGCCUCGCAGAACGGGCACUUGGAAGUCGUAACAUAUUUAGUGCAGAAGGCUGAGAAUGUCAAUCAAGUCGCCACAAACACGUUGAAUGAAGGACAGACUGCCUUAUUCGCGGCUGCAGAAAAUGGGCAUACAGACGUGGUUAGAUUGUUGGUCGAGAAGGGAGGUGAUAUCAAACUGGCGCAGAAGUCAGGCUCUUCCCCUCUAGUCAUUGCAGCUCAGAAUGGUCAUUCACCGGUAGUUGUGCUCCUUAUCGAAAACGGUGCUGAUGUCAAUAUCAAUGUUGACGGAUCACCACUCCUCUGCAAAUAUGCCGACGCGAAGGAUUCAGACAUGGUGAAACUUCUUUUGAACAAUAAAGCUGAUCCGAAUGCGGUGGAUGCUUAUGGCCAUACGGCACUCCAUUACUUUGUUGUAAAUGACAACGUGGAAAUGGUCAAAUGCCUUGUAAGCCGUGGAGCCAACGUCAACAUUGUAGUUGGACGCAAUUCGUUGCUGGUCAAAUACAUUUUAGCCAAGGACAUGUCUAUGAUUGAACUGCUUGUCGAACGUGAACAUGGAGCCGAUAUUAAAACUAUUGAUCCAGGUGCAACUUUCCCCGGCGCAAUGUGGGCUGCAGUCUAUAAAAGAGAUCCCGAAAUUGUGAAAUACCUAGCCGACAAGGGCGCUGCUCUCCAAAGUAUUGCCACUUCGUCAAAAAGACCACCAAGUGCACUGUGGAUUGCGUCACAAGAGGAUGGCGAUGAGAGUGGUUUGGAAAUAGUCAAAAUCCUAUGCCAAAAAGGGGCGGACGUCAACCAGUCAACAAAAAACGUCUCUCCACUAUGGAAUGCGUGCUAUUACUGCAGCAAGGACAAACUGGAUAUUGUGAAGUACCUAAUCAACGAAGCGAAGGCCGACUUGAACCCACCCAAUGAUAAAUCGACUCCACUUUUGGCUGCUUGCUACAGUUACAAUGGCAACAUGGACCUUGUCGAGUAUUUAGUUUCUAGGGGCGCCAAGGUUACGGUUAAGGAGUCUGGUUCUGGAUACACGCCGCUAUACAUUGCAGCUCAACAAGGUAAUAGUCACUUGGUUCACUAUCUUCUUCGCCACAGAGCCGAGGUUUACACAGAGACCGAAUCGGGAGAUACGCCACUAGCUGUAGCUGAACGCCGAAAGGACCAGAUGAUCCAGAAAGGGUUGGACCAUGUUGAUAUCCAGAAGUGUAUCGACUUGAUGAAGAAUCCUCCAGUUCUAGAUCAAACUGAAUUGUCCCAUUAA